CUCUGGUUAAUUACCUUGGAACAGCUGUUUCUGGCGGUUGGAUUAUCAGGGAGUGUUUUAUUUUCAAUUGUUGCUUUAGACUUUAUACUAAUAUGAGAAAAUACCAGCAACUGGUGCUGUUGGUCAUCUCCUGCCUCAGUGUGGGCAUCUUGCUGAUGUACAAGACCGAGAACAACCGCCUCAAGUAUGUACUGAAAUACGUGAACUUCUUUGGCCGGAACGAUGCCGCUGUGCUGCGUCGUCUGGAGAACGGGACCAAGGAUGAUCUACCGCAGGCGGCAAUGUGGCGUCCGCUACCUGUGUGGCAAAUGAUUGGCGACUCCUUUCACGCCUACUCGGCAUUCUGGAUACGCAACGAAUUGGUGGCCGGUGGAGAGGCCCAUGUCCUGGUGGUCGGGAAAAAGGGAGCAGUAGUGGACUUCCGCUGCAGCCUGGAUCUGCUCAAUGGUCGUAGUGUGCAGGGAAAGUUUCGCUUCCAGAGGGACUCUAGUGAACCACCGGUGGAUGAUAAACUAUCAAACUUUACCAGCUACCACUUCUUCUGCCAAGUCAGCAGGGAUUUCGGCCAGCCGGGAAGUGUCUCCUUUACAGACAUCACAUCCACCAAAGUUCCAGUCAAGCUGCGCCUGCGCAGUAUUAAGCCCAAAACCCAAGGGAAAGAAUCUAAAGUAUCGGCGAAUCAAUCUCGCCUGCCAGCCACCAUCUGUGUGGACCUUGUAGGAUUCAACUCCACCUCACGAUUUGCUCGAAACGAGAACGCCAUUUUGCAGUUCUUCCUGUUCCACCAAGCUCUAGGCAUCGACCAUUUCCUGGUAUACAACUACGACGAUCUUCCCGAGGAAGUGAUACGCGUGCUGGACCGGACCAACAUCCAUUUGGUCGGAUUACCCUUUAACUUUCCCUUCCAACAAACAAACGGAACAGUUUCAAGAGUUCGCCAACUCAUCCACAACGAUUGCCUACUUCGAAAUGUAAACCAAGCCGGGUUUACCCUUCUGCUACAGCCGAACGAACUUUUCUUUCCCAAUUCCCGAUUUACGGCAGAUGGGACCAAAGGAUCAGUGCAGCAACAGCUGCGGCACUUUUCCUCAGAGACUACUCGCUUUGAAUUGGCCACCAUGUCGGUGUGCUAUGACGAAAAUGGGAAGUUCCUGCCUGACAACUCGCAGUACGACCCCGAGCGACGGGCACCGUAUAAGUUGCUCCUAAACCGCCUGGAGCUGCCACCCUCCCAGCUGUUGGCGAGCACCGGAGAGGUGGAAUUGGCCCUCUCCGCAGCAUUCGUACAUCGCUAUGUGGAUUGCGACCACGUGGGUCGGGAUGGACUGCACGACUGGCGCAACGGGGUUCGCCAGGAUUUUAUGGAGCACAUUAACGGACUGCGCAACGAAGUACACCUUCUCAUCUAAUAUUAGUGAAUAAGUUGUUAUAGUAAUUAGUUUGAGAUUUAUACACGUAGCUCAUAAUUUGAGAGAUUGCUUGACUGCCAUAAAGAUUUUUCACAUAA